UGUCCUUCGCCAGCCUCGCAGUUUAUUAAAGAGUGCUGUUUUGGAGAAUCCGCUUGUUUUUUUAAACUGAAAAUAAAUCAGCCUCUUCAGGCGUCAGAAUGCUCGCUGUGGUCCGCAAACAGCUACGAACCCAUCCAGCUCUGAUCCCCCUUUUCGUCUUCAUCGGGGCAGGAAUGACCAUGUCCACGCUGUACCUGGCUCGUCUGGGUUUGAGAAACCCCGAUGUGUGUUGGGAUCACAAGAACCCCGAGCCCUGGAACAAACUGGGUCCGAAUCAUCAGUACAAGUUCAUCGCAGUAACCACGGACUACAGCAAACUGGAGAAGGACCGUCCUGACUUCUAAAGAUCACCUCUGCUGAACAACACGCCGCACAACUAACAGCAAAGCCGCACAACCGGUCCUGUUGAGAAAACGUUCGUCCAGAGAUCUGGGAGACGCAGAAGCUAAAUCCGCACGUCUCAUGUCAAAGCUUCUUCGUAACAUCCCUGAAAACUGAUUUUGUUAUCAGCUAAUAAAAUAAAGGAGUCGUCUCCUCUGUACAGAGAAACUCA